AUGUGCAGCUCUGAAACCACAGCCGGAGGAGCAAAGCGGAGUCUGAGGAGGUGCAGGAGGAGGACCAGAAGAACCAGGAGGAGGACCAGAGGAACCAGGAGGAGGACCAGAAGAACCAGGAGCAGAUCAGCAGCAAAUCAGACCGAGUCCAGCAUGAAGCAGGAGCCUCCAGAGAGUCCAGGGCCCAGAGUGAAGCAGGAGGAGCCUCCAGAGAGUCCAGGGCCCAGAGUGAAGCAGGAGGAGCCUCCAGAGAGUCCAGGGCCCAGAGUGAAGCAGGAGGAGCCUCCUGAGAGUCCAGGCCCCAGAGUGAAGCAGGAGGAGCCUCCAGAGAGUCCAGGGCCCAGAGUGAAGCAGGAGAGUCCAGGGCCCAGAGUGAAACAGGAGCCUCCAGAGAGCACUGAGGAGCCGUCAGAACAGAGCUCACUAAACAUCGUGGCAGUGGGUCCAGAUAUUGUAGCAGCAGUCCAGACUACCACGCCCUAUCCGGAUCAGACCUCCCAAGACUAUUCAAAGAGGGAUGGAGUUAAACAGAUGAAAAGUAGAGUACCAGAAUUUUCUGACUCCCUUUAUGAUUCAAGUGAUGAAUGUCCAGCGGAAUCACUUGCUUCUAGGCCUUCUCGUAGGCCAAAGAGAGUCGCAUUCUGCCCUGCUAUAGUAGAAUCAGAUGACUCAUAUGCAGGUAGCGAAGAUGACUACAUUCCAGACAAAAAGGAUGAAAAGGCUACUCUUCAGAUAGCCAAGAUGAGCAAAGUGCUCCUGGCUAUGGAACAGGGUCGUCUCGGAGACUUCCAAGGGAAAAGUCUGGAUGAGCUCAACAUCUCAGUGAAUGAGACAGUUUGCAUGAAGGAGGUUCCAGAAGAGGACAUGGAUGUUGCCAGUAUGCCAGAGGAGCAGGGGUCAGAGCUCGACUCAGGAGAUGAACCUACUUCAACAUCUUACUUGCGUAGUCCAAAGCGGGGGAAAAGACCAAAGAAGAGAGAGACAGUUUGCAUGAAGGAGGUUCCAAAAGAGGACAUGGAUGUUGCCAGUAUGCCAGAGGAGCAGGGGUCAGAGCUCGACUCAGGAGAUGAACCUACUUCAACAUCUUACUUACGUAGGAAAAGACCAAAGAAGAGAGGUAAAGUGGAGCCAGUAAAAAGGACCUGGACACAAGAGGAGUGUGCUGCAGUGGAGAGGCAUCUGAAGAAAUUCAUCGUUUUAAUGAAGUCUGCUGAGAACUACCGUGAAGGAGCAAAGCGGAGUCUGAGGAGGUGCAGGAGGAGGACCAGAAGAACCAGGAGGAGGACCAGAGGAACCAGGAGGAGGACCAGAAGAACCAGGAGCAGAUCAGCAGCAAAUCAGACCGAGUCCAGCAUGAAGCAGGAGCCUCCAGAGAGUCCAGGGCCCAGAGUGAAGCAGGAGGAGCCUCCAGAGAGUCCAGGGCCCAGAGUGAAGCAGGAGGAGCCUCCUGAGAGUCCAGGGUCCAGAGUGAAGCAGGAGCCUCCAGAGAGUCCAGGGCCCAGAGUGAAGCAGGAGGAGCCUCCUGAGAGUCCAGGGCCCAGAGUGAAGCAGGAGGAGCCUCCUGAGAGUCCAGGGCCCAGAGUGAAGCAGGAGGAGCCUCCUGAGAGUCCAGGGUCCAGAGUGAAGCAGGAGGAGCCUCCUGAGAGUCCAGGGCCCAGAGUGAAGCAGGAGGAGCCUCCUGAGAGUCCAGGGCCCAGAGUGAAACAGGAUCCUCCUGAGAGUCCAGGGUCCAGAGUGAAGCAGGAGAGUCCAGGGUCCAGAGUGAAGCAGGAGGAGCCUCCUGAGAGUCCAGGGCCCAGAGUGAAGCAGGAGGAGCCUCCAGAGAGUCCAGGGUCCAGAGUGAAGCAGGAGGAGCCUCCAGAGAGUCCAGGGUCCAGAGUGAAGCAGGAGGAGCCUCCAGAGAGUCCAGGGCCCAGAGUGAAGCAGGAGGAGCCUCCAGAGAGUCCAGGGUCCAGAGUGAAGCAGGAGGAGCCUCCAGAGAGUCCAGGGCCCAGAGUGAAGCAGGAGGAGCCUCCAGGGAGCACUGAGGAGCCGUCAGAACAGAGCUCACUAAACAUCAAGGAGCACUUGCAAGCUCACCUGAACCGUCAGAAAGACUGCAGCCUCACAACGGGUUCUGAGGAGGAGCCAUCAGAUUUCCACGACUCAGAGUUGAGAGCCGCCGUGAAGGAGCGUCUGUCUGCGGCUGUGGAGGAGAUCUGUGUCCUGGUGGAGAGGAGCAUAGCGGAGUAUGAGGAGGAGCUGAGGAGGAGCAGGAAGGACCGGGACCAGGAGCAGACCCGGAGGAACCAGCAGCUCGCAGACGCUGAGAUCCACUGGUUCAGUCCUGAUCCCAGAGUGAAGCAGGAAACCACAGAGAGGCCACACAUCAAAGAGGAACCGUCAGAACAGCGCCUCCUACAGGAGCAAGAGGAGCUCUCAGAGGUCACCUGUGUGAAGAGGGAGGAGCUGUGUCCACAGACCACAGUCCACAGACCCAGAGAGGAGGAGACGCAGGGAGGAGCAGGAGGAGCAGUCAGCUCACAGGGACACUUCCACUCAGACACUGAGCAAAGGGACAUCUCUCCUGACACUGAGGAUGAUGAAUCCUGGGAACAUCCUUCUCCUGCUCAGACACAAGACCCCACUGCACACAACUCUCUGUUCAUCAGCUACGAGACUGUCCCAGAGGGACUGUCGGGGACCAGAGACCUGUCGGGGACCAGAGACCUGUCGGGGACCAGAGACCUGUCGGGGACCAGAGACCUGUCGGGGACCAGAGACCUGUCGGGGACCAGAGACCUGUCGGGGACCAGGGUCGGGACCAGAGACCUGUCGGGGACCAGAGACCUGUCGGGGACCAGAGACCUGUCGGGGACCAGAGACCUGUCGGGGACCAGAGACCUGUCGGGGACCAGAGACCUGUCGGGGACCAGAGACCUGUCGGGGACCAGAGACCUGUCGGGGACCAGAGACCUGUCGGGGACCAGAGACCUGUCGGGGACCAGAGACCUGUCGGGGACCAGAGACCUGUCGGGGACCAGAGACCUGUCGGGGACCAGAGACCUGUCGGGGACCAGAGACCUGUCGGGGACCGGGCCGUACACGUGUCCGCUCUGCAGCUGCGUGUUCCGCACGGCGUGCACGCUCCGCUCGCACAAACGUAAACACGGAGACGGGACUCACUUCUGUUGCCCCGUGUGUGGUGUCGCCUCUGCUCAGGAUCACGCAGGCCCCUCCCCCAGGCGCUGA